AUGCGGCGGGGCGCGCUGCUGGCGGGCGCGCUGGCCGUCUACGCCGCGUACCUGGUGCUGGGCGCGCUGGUGUUGGCGCGGCUGGAGCGGCCGCACGAAGCCCGGCUCCGAGCCGAGCUGGGCGCCUUGCGGGAGCAGCUGCUGCGGGGCAGCCCGUGCGUGUCGGCCCGGGUGCUGGACGCCUUCGUGGAGCAGGUGCUGGCGGCCGGGCGACUGGGGCGCGCCGCGAUCGCCGACGCCUCGGGGGUCGCCAACGCCUCGGACCCCGCCUGGGACUUCGUCUCGGCGCUCUUCUUCGCCAGCACGCUGGUCACGACCGUGGGCUACGGGUACACAACCCCGCUGACAAAUGGGGGCAAGGCCUUCACCAUCGCCUUCGCGCUGCUGGGUGUGCCACUCACCAUGCUGUUGCUGACUGCCUCGGCCCAGCGCCUGGCCUUGUUGUUCACCCGUGCACCGCUGGCCUGGCUCAGCCUACGCUGGGGCUGGCACCCCCGGCGGGCAGCCCGCUGGCACCUGGUGGCCCUGCUGGCAGUAAUCGUGGCCACAUGCUUCCUGCUGCCUGCUGCCAUCUUUGCCUCCCUGGAGGCCAACUGGAGCUUCCUGGACGCCAUCUACUUCUGCUUCAUCUCCCUGUCCACCAUUGGCCUGGGUGACUACGUGCCUGGCGAGACUCCAGGGCAGCCCUAUCGUGCCCUGUACAAACUGCUGGUCACCGGCUACCUCUUCCUGGGUCUGAUGGUUAUGAUGUUGGGGCUCCACACCUUCCGUCGCGUCGCUGAGCUGCACGGCCUCACCCAGUUCAUCCUGCUGCCCCCCGAGGUGCCCACCACCGACUCCACCAUAGAGGAUGAGGAUGAUCAGGCAGAUAUUCUGGGGCCCCCAAUUGAAUCACAGCAACAGCUAGCUGUCAAUGCCCAUCCGGACUAUGCCUCCAUCCCCAGGUAGCUGUGGCCAGUGGGGGUCUCCUGGCCCCCUGAGACCAACCUGACCGCAGCACAGUGGCCAACAGCACACAGGCCCGAGGUGGUGGCCAUGGACCAUCCACUGUCCAUCCUGUGUUUUCCCUGUUGGGGCUCUGCCGGGCACCCCAUUUUCUGGU